AUGAAAUUAAAACACUUUAUGGUUCCAACUGAAAAAGUUGUAAAGGCCCCUUCCAAUCAACGACUAAAAGAAGUUGCAAGUUUAAUGGUCAGAGAAAAUAUUGGAUCGGUCGUAUUGGUGGAUCCUUCAGAUAACAAUCAUCCAGUUGGAAUUCUCACAAAAACAGAUCUCGUUCGAGAAUGUCUAAAAUCCGAUUGUAACGUUGAGCUUCCAGCAGAAUCAGUCAUGUCCAGAGAUUUAACGUUUGCUAAGGAUUACCUUGAAGAAGAGCAAGUCGCUGAAACAAUGAGUUCUAAAAACAUUCAUUAUGUAUUGGUGGAAGAUGAACAAUCGAAUUGGGUAGGAAUGGCUUCCACAGUGGAUAUCUUGACGGAAAUAGCUGCAUCACACAAAGCAUUUCCCUACAAUAGAAGAAGAAAAGUCGAGUAUUGA